AAGAUCGACUGCAGGUUUCAGGAAGUCUUGAGACUUUAACACAGUCUGUGUCUUUAACUGUCUGUCAUCAUUCAGUCAGUAUGGAGCUCCGUCAACUUCCUCUUGUGCUCUUGCUGAUUUCAAACAUCCACUAUGGACAAACUGAAGAGAGACCAAAAGCCAAAGUGAGAAUUAAACCUGAUCAACAUGUAUUCAGAGGAGAGACAGUCACUCUCAGAUGUGACAUUGAUGGUGAAGGAGUAACUAGCUGGAAAUACAGCUGGUAUAAAGACGGUUCAGACAGUGUUUUCAGUGAACUACAGGAACACACAUUCAGUUCUGUUACUGAGUCUGAUGCAGGUAAAUACUCCUGUUAUGGAGCAGAGAGAGGAGGAUCACGAACAUCAAACAUCAGAGAUGAAGUUACACUGACAGUAUCAGAUAAACCCACACCAGUUUUAAGUGUUUCUCCACAGAAGUGGUUGACUGAAGGAGAUCCAGUGGCUCUGAUCUGUGAGGUUAAAGACUCCUCUACAGGCUGGACAUUCAGCUGGUUCACUGUAACUGCUUCAUCAGAAAGAAAUCAUUAUAAGCUGCUCUCAGACAGCAGCAGAGGAGCUGGAGGAAACUACACUGUCAGUUCUGCUGCUCUAAAACACACAGGAGUUUAUUCAUGUGAAGCAGAGAGAGGAAAACCAGUCUAUAACACAACCUACAGCAACAAACAGCCACUAUGGGUCUCUGGUGUUUCUCCUCCAGUCUCUCUGAUCAUCAGUCCCAGCAGAACUCAACACUUCACAUCUGUCUCUCUCUCUCUGAGCUGUGAGGACCAGAGUAACUCUGAUAGAUGGAGAGUGAGAAGAUACACAGACAGAUGGGGGCUGGAAGAUUGUUCAUCUCUGUGGGGAUCACAAACAGGAUCUACAUGUACAAUCAACUCCACCAGCACAUCAGAUACUGGAGUGUACUGGUGUCAGUCUGAAUCUGGAGAGAACUAUCAUCCUGUUAAUAUCACUGUACACUUGUCUCAUUCAGAAUCCCAGAUCUCUGUCCUCCACACACUCAGUUCUGUACUGACAGUUUGUCCAUAUCUGAUAGUGACAGUUGUGCUGAUCUUUAAAUGCUGCAGGAUGAGAGGUAUAACAGCUGAAUGAUUUAUUACAUGUCAUUAUAAUCAUAUUUUACUGA